AUGAAUGCCAACAACCAGACAAUUCCUAAUUACUCUUCGCCAUAUAUGCAAGAUUAUCAGGAACACUCAUUUUUAUCAGCUCGUCCUCAAGAAAAUAUUUUCACGAAUAAAUGCUCGUUUUUUUAUGCGCCAAGCAACGAUUUCCAAUUGUAUCACGUCCUCUGUGAGGAAAUGCCGUUGACUUUUGAACUUGUAUCGCAAUUAAUAGACGAUACUGAUAGUAACUCAAUUCAUAAUUGUUCUCAGUUUAAUAAUAUUUAUGAAUUUUACCAUCAACAACCUGAAGUUAAGAAAAUCUAUCGAGUAACUUGCGAAAUGAUUUCACAUACACUUAUAUUUCAAUUUUUGAAUAAAAUCAUUUAUGGUAAUCAUUCCAUUCAAUGCGAAUAUCAGCAGCAAGAAUUUUCUAAGAGUCAUCAAGAAAAUCUUAAAUUUCAUUUGAAAAAAGACUUAAUUCAUUACUUGACAUCAAGCUCGCCGACUUAUGGACAAAACUUUGAUUUAUUUAAGAUUUUUAUUCAAGAUUAUUAUGCAUAUGAAGGCAUGAUUAACCCUAAUAGUACACCAACAGUUAAUUCUCAAAAUGAUAGAUACAAUCAAGAGUAUUAUGGUAAUAAUUAUUUUCAAUAUUAG